CUGUUAUCAUCAUCUCCUCUGUGGUUCUCUGGUCUUAUUACGCGUAUGUCUUUGAGCUGUGCUUCGUUACUCUCAGUAAUCAUCUGGAGAGAGGUAAGUGAUCUACACUUUCAUAACCUCCCUCUGCCAGAAACCAGCCUAACUUACCUGAGCUUGUGAAUGGGCUUUUGUUGAAAACUGUCAUGUUCACACAUCUCUCAGUUGAGUUCUCAUGGGUGGCGUAUUUGUUGAUAUUUCACGUGUGCUUUAUAAUGUUCUGUUGGACCUAUUGGAAGGCCAUCUUUACUCCACCAUCUACACCGUCUAAAAAGUUCCAUUUAUCAUACAGUGAUAAGGAGAGGUAUGAGAUGGAAGAAAGGCCAGAUGCUCAGAAGCAGAUUCUCACAGAAAUCGCCAAGAAACUUCCCAUCUUCACGCGCGCUCAGUCAGGAGCUGUCAGGUUCUGUGACCGCUGUCAGGUGAUAAAGCCAGACCGCUGUCACCACUGCUCCGUCUGUGAAACAUGCGUUUUGAAAAUGGAUCACCACUGUCCAUGGGUAAACAACUGUGUGGGAUUCUCCAACUAUAAGUUCUUUCUGCUGUUCCUGUCUUACUCCAUGAUCUACUGCGUGUUCAUUGCAUCGACAGUGUUUCAGUAUUUCCUCAAGUUCUGGGUGGGAGAUCUUCCCAAUGGCCCUGCGAAAUUCCAUGUGCUCUUCCUGUUGUUUGUGGCGCUCAUGUUUUUUGUCAGUCUCAUGUUCCUGUUUGGCUAUCACUGCUGGUUGGUGGCUAAAAACAGAUCCACGCUAGAGGCUUUUUCUGCGCCAGUGUUUCAGAACGGGCCUGACAGGAACGGCUUUAAUGUUGGGCUCAGCAGAAACCUCCGGCAGGUGUUUGGAGAGGAUAAAAAGCUCUGGUUUAUUCCAGUGUUCACAAGUCAGGGUGAUGGGCAUUAUUUCCCACUGAGGACCCUGUGUGAAUCUGAGAAUCCUUUAUUGGCCAACGAGGGGAAAUGGAUGGAGGACGGUGGAUCAGAUGAAGAAAGCGCAGAUGAAAAUGGACCUUCAGUCAUUAUUAGGAUGGAAUCAUAAUCACUGGAGGGUAUGAUUACUCGUGGUAUCCUGGUUGACUUUAGCAUCAUGAGUAGUUUAAGAAACCACCAAUCCUUGAAUGAGACGACUGCAUUCCAAAUCCUGGAUCAUUCCAGAAAAGCCUGUUUCUAGAGAGCCAAAUAUAUUGGGAACAGUGAGGAUUUUCUUGUAAUGCUGAUUACUUAGAACUCGUGCUGAAUGUUAUCAAGUGUAUUGCUCAUCUUUUAUGAAGAGGAGAGCUGCAGGACAAUCACUGGCAUUUCCAGAUGUCAUAGACCUGUUGGACUGUUUAUUAUCAUGCUUUGAUGAGAAAAGAUGGACAUCUCUGAUGAAAUAUGAUAUACCAAUAUCUUUUUUUUUUUUCUCUUCACAUAGUGGGAUAAAUGUUUGAAAACUUGGACAUGUCCAGAUCAUACUUCUCCCCAAAACAAAGUGAGAUUAAAUUAAGCCUGUUCAUUGUCACGCCCCUGGACUGUAUCUGUGUGUUUUUCCCUCUCCAUGUGCCUGCCCUGACCUAGUU